UACACACGUUGACACGCAGGCAGCGGUCGCGCAGGCGCAGUUGGGGCGCCUUCGCGGCUCCGGCGCUUUUUACCCUCGUGUGUUCUGAGUCUUUGGUUUGCCAAGUGCAGUUAGGCCUGGCAGGUGCUGAAGGUCCGGGGUCGUGGACCCCGGCCAGGUCUCAGCAGCACGGAGGCUCAGGAUGUCGCGGCGGGCGCGGGGUCUGGGGCCGCCAGCGGCGUGCCUCACCCCGCGGCCCUAGCCCCGGCUGCAGCUCCCACCCUGGCGCCAGCCCCGGUGGCGGCCGCGGCCUCGCAGUUCACCCUGCUGGUGAUGCAGCCCUGUGCUGGGCAGGACGAGGCCGCGGCCCCCGGGGGCAGCGUCGGGUCGGGCAAGCCCGUUAGGUACCUGUGCGAAGGGGCCGGGGAUGGCGAGGAGGAGGCUGGGGAGGACGAGGCGGACCUGCUGGACACCUCGGACCCUCCGGGGGGAGGCGAGAGCGCGGCUAGUUUGGAGGAUCUGGAGGACGAAGAGACCCAUUCGGGGGGCGAGGGCAGCAGCGGGGGCGCCCGGAGGCGGGGCAGCGGCGGGGGCAGCAUGAGCAAGACCUGCACCUACGAAGGCUGCAGCGAGACCACAAGCCAGGUGGCCAAGCAGCGCAAGCCGUGGAUGUGCAAGAAACACCGCAACAAGAUGUACAAGGACAAGUAUAAAAAGAAGAAGAGCGACCAGGCUCUGAACUGCAGUGGGACCGCUUCGACUAGCAGCGCGGGAAACGUCAAACUCGAGGAAAGUGCAGAUAACAUACUCUCCAUUGUUAAACAAAGAACAGGAUCUUUUGGGGAUCGUCCUGCAAGACCUACUCUUUUAGAACAAGUGUUAAAUCAAAAAAGACUGUCGUUGCUAAGAAGUCCAGAAGUAGUGCAAUUUUUACAGAAACAGCAACAACUAUUAAAUCAGCAAGUUUUGGAACAAAGACAGCAGCAGUUUCCAGGAGCAUCAAUAUGAGGGAACAUAUCGAGAACAUCUACAUGGUUUUUAUCUUAUUGUAAUAGAUGAACAUAUUUUUUUAUGAAAGAUAAAUGGGAUAAUACAUGCCUGUAGAACAUAAACAGUUUCCUGUAAAUGUAUGUGUGCAUUUGGGGAUGAAUAAGUAUUGCACUUUGUGCAUCUAAUCUUUCAGAUUACUAUGAGUUUGAAGAAGUCCGCUUAUCUUUCUAAAAUAAUAUUUAAUUACAAUGUUUAAAAAAAAAUAUGUACCUCUUCAGUCAUUGUUACUGAAGGUAAUGAUGCAGUUACUUUCUGUGGAAGUCAUAAAGUUAAUAGAUACUAAUCUUGAAGCACCUAGCUCAGUGGUUCUCAUCAAGGGUCAAUUUGAUUGUCAUAGUGACCUUAAAAACUGCUGAUUUUUAGUGAGUGGCCAAAAAUGCUAAGUGUUCUGCAGUGUCAGGGGUAGUCCCAUAUACUAACAAUUGUCUUAUUCACAGUGCCAGUAACACUCCUAAGAAAUGUUAAUGGCUGUUUUGUGGUGCUAACAUGUAGUUAGGGCACCUAUAAUAGGGUUCCCCUAAUAACCUUUCUUUGCAGUUAAGACUGAAGCUGUCAGAGAGGUAAACACGUUUUAUAUAGAUGUAAGGAAAGUGAUUAUUGUUUAAUGUCUGUGAAUUUAGGAUGUCUAUCUCUUUUCAGAGGUGUGCUAGUAAAACCUGAGGGAUUAAGCACCCUGGGAUGUCCCACAGCUGGCUUUUCUCUUUCAUGUUACCUGUUAGAGUUGAUCUCUUAAAGCAGACACUCUUGUGUACUGAAUUUGUGAGCACCAUAGAUCUCAGCCUGCCAAUGCCAAGACAAAAUUAUUUUUCAUAUACUUAUUUUUCAUUUAAAAAAAUGAAAAAAAUCCUUUUCAAAAAAGAGAUCCUGAAAAUUAAAUUCACACUCCAGCAUUUUGUCAUCAUUUUUCAAAAUUGAGCUAUCUCAAAACUGCUAUUUCCUGUAAUGUUCAAAAAUGGUAGGUAAUCUGGAUACUUUUUUCUUAUACUUUCUCCUAGGAAAACUUUAAAAAGGCAAACCUACCAAUAGGAAUAACAAAUUAAAUGUCAAGAGGAUAUAUCCAAUAUUAGGAUAAUAAGUGUAUGUAUCUCAAGUUUAACUGUACAAAACUUUGUUAGUCACUUGGUUUUUAAAUUCUAUAUAUUAAACUUAAUCAUGGCUAUUCUAAGAAGUACUUAUGGAGAGCAAGAAUGUUUUAGUUCAUUUUUAAUGUGUGUGUUUUUACUUGCAUUUCUGUUCAAAACACUUUUAACAAAAUUAAUUCAUUAAAGUCCAGUUGAUGUUGACCUUUGA